GCGUCACUAUGGUUUGCCUUUUCAUAGCUUUUGAAGACUAUAAGAACUCGAGGGCUUUCGCAGUCUUUGCAUCUCAUCAUCCUCACUCAUCUACUCAACUAUUCAACCUCAACAGAUUCUGCAGCAAUCAUGAAGGCCACUCUCUUCGUCUCUCUCCUCCUCUCUCUCGGCGUCACUGCCACUCCUGCGACCGACACCGUCACCAUUGAGGACGGUGGCUACACCUACACUGGUAUCGACAAGCCCCUCCUCGCCCUCCGUGGUCUUGAGGCUCGUUGCAGCUGCUUCCCCUGCUACUCUCCCCACGCAGACUGCCAACCCGGAAAGUGCCAGUGCGCUGGUGACUAUGGCUGCUGGUCUUGCGGCGGUGGUCGCAUGCAGUGCCAGCCCGGCCCUGGAUCUGGACAGUGCUGGACUUAGGCUUAUUUGGUCUUGACUUUGAUGGGGACUCUCUACAUGCAAACGGAUAGAGGUUCUUAUCUACAAUGACUUCAAAGGCUUGGCAAUAGUAGCUUGAGAUGUUGAGAUUUCUCAAUAACUAGACACUCGUUAUAACAGACACUUCUCAUACACACAAUCUCCUGAUUCUCA